GGUGUGAAUAAAAAUGGCGCCCGCUUUGUAUCGUCCAGGACGAACCAUUGCGCUUCAACUCUCGUUCAGCAAUGGCCCUCUCUCGCCAAAUGGAUAAUAUGAAACCACCAAGCCGACGGUCGAGUGCAGGGUCGCAUAACGAAGUGCAAGAUGACGAUGUCAAACCAAAAGAAGCCCAAGGUGGCAUGAAAAGCUAUCGUCGUGUUUUCGCGUACGCUGAUGGGAUAAGCUGGACGCUCAACAUCAUCGCAUUCGUCGCAGCCAUUGCUGCUGGCACCCUUUUACCGUUGAUGGACUUAAUAUUUGGCAAAUUUGUGACGACAUUCACUCGAUUCGCCCUUGGUAUCAUCUCACCAGCCAAAUAUCGUUCAGAGGUGAACAAAUACACCUUGUACUUUGUAUAUCUUUUCAUUGCUAAGUUUGUCUUGGUAUACAUCCACACCAUCUCCAUCUCCAUAUCAGCAAUCCGAACAACGAAAGCAUUGAGAAUCGACUUCCUCGAGCAUACACUGCGCCAAAACAUUGCAUUCUUCGAUUCUGCAGAUGCAGGUUCUAUCACUUCCCAAGCCACUACGAACGGUAACAACGUCAAUACGGGUAUCUCUGAGAAACUCACCCUCACCAUACAAGGUAUUUCGACGUUUGUUACUGCUUUCAUUGUCGCCUUUGCUGUGCAAUGGAAACUCGCAUUGAUCACCAUAAGCAUCGUGCCUACGAUCUUAGUGGUUACCAGCAUAUGUAUUGUUGUCGACACGAAGCAGGAAUCGCAAAUGCUCUCCAUCUACUCCAAGGCUGGGCUACUCGCCGAGGAAGUAUUCUCAACCAUGCGUACCGCUCAUGCUUUCUGGUUAAACCCGCUUCUGUCUCGAAAAUACGAUUCGCUACUGGGUGACGCCAUGAAAGUGGGUAUGAAGAAGUCGCCUAACUAUGCAGUCCUGUUUUCUACUGAAUUCUUUUGUAUAUAUUGUGGAUAUGGUUUGGCCUUCUGGCAGGGCAUCCGAAUGUAUACCAACGGAGAGAUAACCCAGUCCGGACCAAUUUUCACAGUAAUUCUUGCGGUUAUCGUGGCCGCGACAGCCAUGACUUCAGUCGCCCCGAAUAUACUCGCUCUGACCAAAGCAUCUUCGGCUGCCGAGGAGCUUUUCCGGACGAUCGACCGUGCUUCUGUCAUCGAUCCACUUUCUAAUGAAGGAAAAAUACCAAACGAAUGCAUUGGGGACAUCGAAGUGAGGAACGUGCAUUUCGCGUACCCUGCACGACCAAAGGUCGGAGUUUUAAAAGGCCUUUCACUCUCAGUCCCUGCAAAUAAAACCACCGCCUUAGUCGGCGCCAGUGGCUCGGGGAAAAGCACCAUCAUUGGUCUCCUAGAGCGUUGGUAUGACCAGGCUACUGGAAAUCUUUAUCUAGACGGUGUCGAAAUUCAGGAGUUGAACCUACAAUGGCUUCGGACAAACAUGCGGCUGGUCCAACAAGAGCCUGUACUUUUCAGUGGCACAGUCUAUGAGAAUGUCGCUUUUGGAUUAUUUGGCACCAACAAAGCACGUCUCCCGGCUACGGAGCAACGAGCUCUAAUAGAAAAGGCCUGUAAAGAUGCUUACGCGGAUGAGUUCAUUGAGCGCCUACCUAAAGGCUACGAUACUCAGAUCGGCGAACGAGCAAUGAUGUUGUCCGGUGGACAAAAACAAAGGCUCGCUAUUGCUCGUAGUAUCGUUUCUGAUCCCAAGGUUCUCCUUCUCGACGAGGCAACGAGCGCGUUAGACCCCAAGGCAGAGAAAAUUGUACAACAAGCGCUAGACAAUGUGUCUGCGAAUCGAACUACAGUUGUUAUUGCGCAUAAGCUGUCCACAAUUCGUGAUGCUGACAACAUUGCGGUAAUGUCGGAUGGAAUGGUUGUUGAGCAAGGUACGCACGAGCAACUGAUCGAUGCGAAUGGGGCCUACGCUCGACUUGUACGAGCUCAAGAUCUGGGCCAGGCCGAAAGUAAGGAGGACCUUUUAGAAGAUGGACAAGCUGAGAAAGUCUCUCUCACUCGGACACAAACUCAAGUUGGACCAACGCAUGGAGGUGAAGUCAGGACAUUAUAUGAAAGAGAUGGGAUCAACUACAGCUUAUUCAAAUGCAUCUGGAUUGUUCUGUGGGAGCAAGGUUCUCUAUGGAUUUGGUUUAUAUUUCUCGCCACUGCAGCUGUUCUAGGAGGCCUCACCUUUCCAGCACAAGCAAUUCUCUUUGCCAGAAUCGUCGAAGCAUUCCAAAUCCCUUUUGAACAGGGUCGAGAUCAGGGCAAUUUCUACUCUCUAAUGUUCUUCAUGGUUGCAAUCGGGAAUCUGGUUGUAUAUGCAAUCAUAGGGUGGGCGAGCAACCUUCACGUCUCGCGGAGGUAUCGACUCGAGAUUUUCAAUACAAUUCUCAAACAAGACAUGAACUUCUUCGACAAAGAAGAGAAUGCAACCGGCUCUUUAGCUUCAAAUCUCUCAAACUACCCAAACAGCUUGCUCGAAUUGCUCGGCUUUAACAUAAUGCUAAUGCUCGUCAAUCUCGUCAACGUCAUCUCUAGCUCCAUACUUGCCCUGAUUGUAGGUUGGAAAUUGGGACUUGUAGUCGUCUUUGGAGCUUUACCCCCAGUCAUAUUUGCUGGGUAUCUCCGCAUCAGGCUCGAGUUCAAACUUGAGGAAGAUACAGGCAAGCGGUUCUCCAGUAGUGCCGCCCUUGCAGCCGAAGCUGUUUCUGCGAUCCGAACGGUGGCGUCACUUGCACUAGAGAAACAUAUUCUGGAAAAAUAUCACGCCCGACUCCACGGUGUAGCGAAACAAUCCACGAAAGCAUUAAUUUGGACCAUGUUCUGGUACUCUCUGACACAAUCUGUAUCCUUCUUAGCCAUGGGUCUUGGCUUCUGGUACGGUGGGCGACUUGUCUCGUUCGGGGAAUACACGAACAAACAAUUCUUCACCGUUUUCAUUGCAGUCAUAUUCUCCGGUGAAGCCGCGGCCCAAUUUUUCUCUUACACAACAAGCAUGACAAAAGCCCGGGGUGCAGCCAACUACAUAUUCUGGCUCCGCAGAUUAAAUCCAGUUGUCCAAGAAGACCCUUCCAAGCCACCCCACGACACCAAUAGCGACACUGAUGAAAAAGGUGCCGCACAUAUCGAAUGCCAAGACCUUGUCUUUGCCUAUGAAAGCCGGCCGAAUGCUAAAGUCCUUGACGACAUCAGUGUCGAUGUCCUCCCCGGCCAAUUCAUCGCCUUCGUCGGCGCUUCGGGCUGCGGCAAAUCCACAAUGAUUGCACUGUUGGAACGCUUCUACGACCCCACCACCGGCCGCAUAACCUAUGACACCCAACCCCUUCCCUCCCUCUGUCCCCGCAAAUACCGAAGUAGUGUUUCCCUUGUCCAGCAAGAACCUGUGCUCUACCAAGGCUCUGUCCGCGAUAACAUUGCUAUGGGUGUCGAAUCCAGGGUCACAGAUGAACAAGUCGAAGGUGCUGCGCGCCAGUCGAAUAUUUACGAUUUCGUCGCCUCGCUUCCUGAAGGAUUUUCAACGCUUUGUGGAAGUCGCGGGACGCAACUUUCUGGGGGUCAGCGCCAGCGCAUUGCGAUCGCGCGUGCGCUGAUCCGGGAACCGAGGUUACUGUUGCUCGAUGAAGCGACGUCCGCGCUGGAUACGGAAUCUGAGAAGGUAGUGCAGGCCGCGCUGGAAAGAGCGAAGUCAGGGAGAACUACUAUUGCGGUGGCGCAUAGGCUUAGUACUAUUAAAGACGCGGAUGUUAUUAUUGUAUUUUCUAGGGGGAGGAUUGUGGAGAUGGGGACGCAUGGAGACUUAUUGUCGAAGAGGGGGAUGUAUUAUGAGAUGUGUUUGGGUCAAAGUUUGGAUAGGAGUAUACCUGCAUAACUUAAGUGCAUGUCAGGUUUGAUAUUUAGAUAUAGGACUGCAAGUGUUAAGAAUAUGAUAUGAUUGCCGCAUAUCAAUCCUAGGCCGUGGGCCCAGAUUUGUAUAAAGUACAUGC